AUGGAUGUGAAUCACGGCGGUGACCUGACCCCUAACCCCCGCUGCUACGCCCUCAGCGGCAAGGUUAUGCUCGCCUCCACCGUCAUCCUCUUCGCCGCCGUCCUCCUCUUCGUCUUCCUUUACCUCUACCUCCGCUGGCGCUUCCGCAUCAUCCGUCGCGGCCAUCGCCGCCUCGUCUUCGGCAUCGACGGCGUGGGCGGCACCCUCGCCUCCGCAUCUGCCACCUGUCGCGGCCUCCACCCUAGCGUCCUCGAGUCCCUCCCCGUUCUCGUCUUCGCCGCCGCCGCACCGGGGUGCGACGAGGAUGUGGUGGAGUGCGCGGUGUGUCUCAACGAGUUGGAGGAAGGGGAGAAGAUGCGAGCCCUUCCGCGGUGCGGCCACUGCUUUCACAUGGAGUGCGUAGACAUGUGGUUCCACUCCCACUCCACCUGUCCCCUUUGCCGCACCGCCGUGGAGGCUGCCCCGCCACCGCCGCCUAUUCAGGUGGUUCUGCCGAUACCAGCGCCAACGGAUGAUUCGGGCGCGUUAUUCCUUGAGGACGAUGCGUCGGAGUCAAGCUCUGCUUCUAGCGACUUAACGAUCGAGGUGGCUGAUGAGGGUAAUGAUGGCGAUAAGACUCGGAUUGACGUCAGUUGCCUCAGAUGA